AUGGCUUCAACAACGAAAGCUGAAGGCCAUCGUCGAGAUACAAGUCACCGUGAGCACGGCUUGUUCACGCCAGAGCCCACGCCAGGGCCCGAGCAAGCUCGUCUGGAUGCCGACAAAGAACGUCAGUUGCAGGAGUCAGCCCAGUUGUCUUCGAUCGCCGAGGAUGGUUCACAAGACAGCGCUCUAUUCACUCAAUCGAAGCCAGAAGCAGAUGUGGAAUCAACCGCGUCUACGCAAGCAGAAGAUGAUCAAGGUGAGCGAGCUGCGCCGACGCUAGCCCAGAUCGAAGCGAUGGACAGGGUGCUGACCUGUCGGCCGCGCCAGUACAGAAAGAUCCUUGACAUUGGCUCUCGCGACCUGAACUCCCAAGCAGACAGGGAGAAGAUCGUCAACAGCUUCAGAAAGCAAGGCUGUCUGACCCAUCCCGAUUACAACCUGGCUCCACAGGCAGAGAAGGCCUUCAAGAUGGUUCUCAAGGCAGCCCAAAAGCUUGAUGUUGAUCCCGAUGAGAUCAACGAGAUCAAAUACUGGGAUGGGACAGAACUCGAAGAGCUGCGCCUGACCAGUGACGGCAAAUGGGCGACUGCCGGAGACCAAAUAGAUGGCGUGGAGGGUUCAUCCGCCAUGCAUCCUUCCGCAGCACAUCAAGCCAUCUGGAAGCAUGCCACUCCUCUUCUAGGACAGCUGAUGCACAAGCCAGGUGAUCCGCAAGUUGUGGCGCAAUUGAACCGCCUGAACGAUCAGAUCAUGGAGGAGAAUCGCCAAAACAGGUUUCCUGAAGACAAGGCGAGACUCUUUACAGUCGACAUCGACAGCUUCAGCGCCAUUUUCAAGACUGCUGCUCCCUAUCUCGCACGCCUGCAGAAAAGCCAUGGCGAUCAAGAGGCAGCAAAGCAGUUCCACCUGUUGAACGACCAGUUGACCCGCUUCAACAAGCAGCACCAAUAUCCCGGUGAAUGGGUCAUGGACAUGCCGAAGGAAGAGAAGAAACCCUGGCCUCGAGGCACAUCCACUUCGCCUGUCUCUGUCAGUGCUUCAGGCCAACCUGGCUAUCGGCACUGCACCCGCAAGCUUGACCAUGUUUUGGACAUCGGCAUCCACAAGAAGAUCGAAGGAGCAGUGAAGGCCGGUUUUGGCCACCAACUCCUGAUCAGUCAUGCUGGCGAUAACUACCUCACCAGAUACGAACUGGUUGCUGCAAGCCAGUUUGGCAAGGGAUUCGGAAAAUCGUAUCUCGAAAGUCCUAACAGCACAAUGAUCGUCUUAAGCGCCGCUCAUGGCCUAAAGAACAAGGAUCUUGCCGAGAUGGUAAUUGCUGGUGUCGCAUCCGUCAGACGAGCCCUCGAUAAAGAGCCUGCCAAUGGCUGGUCGACAAGAGCAAAAACGAUCGUUCUCGUCGGUUUCGGUGAGCAACCGACCCACUUCGCCUGGUAUGCUCGUUCAGUGCUGGGUCAAAGGUUCGGGCAGCAAGUGGUUGACGAUGAGAUCGAUGGGUACAGAUCGGACGCCGGCCAAGAACGACCACUCGGACCGACCAAGCACAAACACCAUGUGCCCGUGGCUGGGCCAGGCGCUUUCCAGAAAGCAACAGCGACGGUAGAUGAGAAAGAUCUUGGCGUCGACAAUGUUGUUGAGGAGCUCGACGAGAUAAAGUCGUUGCAGAGGAAGCUGAAGGUAUUGGAGAAAGAGGUUGCUCGCAUGAGAGCACACGCUAGUCGCGUCUGA